CCUCCAUUGUGGCAGAUCCCCUCCACAGCGGUAGAGAUGCCCGGCUCGGCUGACGUCCCCGGGCUGAACCUCCAGUUCGGCGCUCUAGACUUCGGCUCGGAGUCGGCAUUGCCGGAGUUCGGAGGCGUUGACAAUUGUGCGAUGGCAGCAUCCAGGGAGUCCACACCGGCCCCUGCACCGGGACCAGGGACACAGAGCCAGACGAGCCUGUACUCCAAACCACUCAGUGAGUCGCUGGGCAGCCCUCUCUCCGUGGCCCUGCCUCUCUCCUCAUCAGAGCCAGUAUAUCACUCCUCUGUGCCGAUGCCCAGCCUCGCUCCCUCCUCAUUAGGGACUGCCGGCUCCUCCAACCCACAAUCGUGUUCUUCGACAGUCUCCACCACCUCCUCCUCUGUACCCUCCUCUCACUUCUCCACAGUGGGGGGGAGUUACGACGGGACCAUGCCCCCUCACACACGACUGGCCUUUUCCCAGAGUAAAGAGGCCACGGGACCAGUCAUGCAGAAUGGUCUGAAUGGUGUAAGGACCUCUACUGCUCUAGACACUUCAUCAGUGUCCUCUACACCGAAGCCGGAGUCGCCGUCUCUGAACAUCAGCACCAACGGUGCCUCGGCUCCCUCCUCCCACUUACAAUCCUCCCUGCCCGCACACAGCUCCACCACGCUCUCCAACCUGGCACAGGACCUGCCCUCAGCCAGCCAACUCAACUCACUCAACAGUCAUGUCAGCAAUCAUUCCUCAGUGUCAGCUCUGGGCUCCAGCUCUCUCACCUACACCGGUGUUGACCACAGCAGCGUGAGCUCUCUGGCUCCGUCCUACGCGUCAUCGCAGCCCUCCGCACUCCACUCGACCCACAACAGCAGCAACAGUAGCAGCGGCAUCGGCCACCUGGUCAACAUGGCCAACAUGGCCAACCACAUGGGCAACCACAUGGGCAACCACAUGGGCAGCACGGUCGGUGGUAUUGUCGGCGCCAGUGUACUUCACAAUGCUGCCAUUGCCGCCAGCGCAGCGCUGGGACUCGGCUCCAAUGGAGCUACUGCCACGUCCAACCUCUCUGCACCGAGGAACACGGCUCUGCUCUCAUCCACAGCCGGUAAAGCUCCUCCUAAUUUAUCCCAGGGAGUGCCUCCUCUACUGCCCAACCAGUAUAUCAUGGGCCCAGGGGGGCUGCUGCCAGCAUACCCACAGAUCUAUGGUUACGAAGACCUCCAUAUGCUCCAGUCCAGACUGCCAAUGCCCUCUUUGCAGGAUUACUAUGGAAUCACAUUCCCUGGCCCUGCAGCAACUCUCUCUGGUAGAGACGGGAGCCUCGCCAACAACCCCUACUCAGGUGAAGUCACAAAGUUUGGCAGGAACGACUCCACCUCCCCGGCACCCCCCACGAGCCUUGCGGCCUCUCAGGCUUCCCAGGGCCAGAGCCAAGGACAGAACCAGGCCCAGCCUCAGCCCCCCCAGGCCCAGCCUCAACCCCAGGGCCAGCCACAACACCACAGCCAGCCACAACACCACAGCAGUCAGCAGGCCUUUCUGCCUCCAGGCUACAGCUACGCAGGUCUGCCUUACUACACCGGGGUUCCCGGUGCCGUACCCAGUGCUGCUGCCUUCCAGUAUGGCCACACCAUGUUUGUUCCUCCCGGGGGCCCGGCCUCGGCCAAGCAGCACAGUAUGGGCCUCGGUCUGGGAAACCCCUCGGCGAGCCCCUUCCAGCAGCAGACGCAGCAGCAGCCCAGUGGUUACGGCCAGCACGCCUUCAGCUCAGGGUAUGAGGAGCUGACAGCAGGGCCAGCAGGAGUGGACUACAGUAAAGGAUACAACUCCUCCUCACAGGCACAAGCCAAAGCUGCUGCUUCUGGGCCCGGCAAAGGCGUCUCGGUGACGUCCAGUAACUCCGGUGUGCCAGACAUCAGUGGAAGUGUUUACAAUAAGACCCAGUCUUUUGAUAAGCAGGGUUUCCAUGCGGGCACACCUCCUCCCUUCAGUCUGCCAUCAGCGCUGGGGGGCCCGGGGCCUCUGAACCCCGGAGCAGCUCCCGGAGGCUAUGCACCGGCUCCAUUCCUCCACAUCCUGCCUCACCAGCAACCACACUCACAGCUGCUGCACCACCACCUAGCUCAGGAUGGACAGGGUGGUCCGAGCCAGCGUGGCCAGUCCAGCAGCCUGCAGCAGAAGAGCCAAGUCAACAAGUCGAGCUACGGCAGCUCCCCCUACUGGGCCAACUGAGAUGUGCAUGUGCGUGUGUGUGUGUGUGUGUGUGUGUAUUGACACAGACGCCAACACACUGCACCACACCUGUGUAUCUGACUGAUGAGAAAAUAGAGGGACAAACCAUUUUACAACACAAGCUAAAACACACACUACCACCCCCACCCCCCCUGCUCUGUAUAUCCCCUUUUCAAAUUUAUGGCUGUUGUAUGUAAAAUAUAUUUAUGUAUGUAUUUAUACAGUAUAUAUGUAUUGGUAGGACAUAAAAUGUGGUUUUCUGCAUUUUGUUUUUAUUUUGAAGGACGUUUUAUUUCAAAAAAAAAAAAAAAAAGUGGAAAAAUGAGAAUGCUAAAUUAAUGGAGAUGAAGUUGGUGAAUAUACUUGAACACAAGCAUCUUGUGAUGUGGAUUUUUUUUGUAUGCAUACAUGAACCGAGAAUGAUGUACAUAAAUUCUACACAUCAUUUUCACGGCAAAGGCCUUUUUUUGUUUUAGAAGAAAUACGUUUUUGUAACUUUAGUCUCCCGCAUCUGUGAAUCCUUAUAUUGAGGGUGACUUGAGUUGAUAGCUUGACUUUUCUUUUUACCUGGUUUCCCUCCAUCUUUCUCUCAUUCCUCAACUCUUACUAGUUGGCUGGUUUUACCGGCCAGGCCUUGGAUUUGAUGUCAUUUUAACAUUGGUUUAAUCCUUGUUGUCCAAAUUAAAAGUUCUUAACAGUUU